AAACACCAGAACAACGCACUGGUCAGCGACGCCACGCCUCGCCCCGACCCUUCCUGCAAUCCAAUAACCCAACAUCACAACAAAUUCCCCACAGAACCCAAGGCAAAACAAAACAAUUUCUUUGCUCGGGUUUCAAUCACGCAACACACCUUCCGAUACAAAUUCAUGUCUUCUUGAAAAAAGUGUUAAUUCAAAAUGUAAAUGGAUGGAUGUCUUGACAAGAAGAGUGGUUAGUGCUUUAUGUUACUCAGCUGAGAUCCAUAAGGCUGCAUUACUGAAGAAAUGUUAAUUUUGAGUUUAUGGCUAUGAGGCUAUCGUUCCUCUGUGAGACCCAAGUUGUUAUAUAAAACGUUAAAGAAGCAAAUGGCAGAACCAGAAUAUCAUUCUCUAACUUCAGAUGCUGUUGAACCUAGGUCUUCUUUUAGCCAUCAAAGGUUAAAUGCUAACGUCAAUGGGUCUGGGCUUCCUGGCCUUAAGAAGAGGGGGCAUGGUAUUGGGAAUCGAUCUUGGAUAAAGAUUGACCAGCAUGGGAAUUCAAAGGUUUUGGAAUUGGAUAAGGCGACAGUAAUGAGACAUUGUUCUUUGCCAGCUAGAGAUAUGCGGCUUUUGGAUCCUAUGUUUAUCUAUCCCUCAACUAUAUUAGGUCGUGAGCAAGCUAUUGUUAUUAGUCUUGAACAGAUUAGAUGUAUCAUCACGGCUGAUGAGGUUAUACUGAUGAAUUCUCUGGAUGCAAGUGUGCUCCAUUACCAGUCAGAAUUGUGCAAACGUCUUCAAACGAAUAAAGAUCAGUCUGAUGAUCUUCCGUUUGAAUUCAAGGCUUUGGAGCUUGCUUUGGAACUGACAUGCAUGUCGCUUGAUGCUCAGGUGAAAGAAUUAGAAACCGAGGUCCACCCAGUGCUUGACGAACUUGCAUCAUCUAUAAGCACUCUUAAUCUGGAACGUGUCCGUAGAUUGAAAGGUCAACUGCUCGCCUUGACUCAACGAGUCCAAAAGGUUUGUGAUGAAAUAGAACACCUAAUGGAUGAUGAUGGAGACAUGGCUGAGAUGUAUUUAACCGAGAAGAAACAGAGAAAAGAGGGUUUCCUUACUAGCGAUCCAUAUGAUCGCAUUAGUACUUCUCGAAAUAUCAGAUUACCGCCCAAAUCUGCUCCGGUAUCACCUGUGGGAUCAAAUAGCGGUGGAGGGCAGAGAUUAAAAAGGGCUUUUAGCAGUAUCAGCUCCAGCAAACAUGGAAGCUUUAUGAGUUCAUCCAGCAAUGGAGAAAAUAUCGAUCAACUUGAAAUGCUGUUGGAAGCAUAUUUUGUUGUCAGUGACAAUACACUCAACAGCUUGCUGUCGCUUAAAGAAUAUAUUGAUGACACAGAGGAUCUGAUCAACAUAAAACUGGGCAAUGUCCAAAACCAGCUUAUACAAUAUGAGUUGCUUCUGACAGCAGCUACAUUUGUGGCCACAAUAUUUGCCAUGGUGACUGCAGUCUUUGGGAUGAACUUUGAAGACACAAUUUUUAAUGACCCAGAAACAUUUAACUGGGUUAUUGCUAUAACUGUAGCAUUUUGUGGGGGUUUAUAUUCUUUAUUCUUGAUCUACUUUAGGAAGAAGAAAGUCUUCCCAUUGUAAAGUUUACAUUGGAUUUGAAUGGAUCCAGUUCUUAGCUUUCUGUGGCAACAUUGAAGGCCACUGUCCAAAAUAACACUUCCACAAUUAAAGAAAGCUUGCAAAUCUUCUCUAAA